AUGAAAAUGGGCACAAACCAGGAGGAUGAAUCUGAGCCAGAAGCUCAACAGAUUCCAGAGGAGACGGGCCCCACAGAGGAGAACAAGGAGAUCCCUGCUGAGCAGCCUCAAGACGCCCCUCCUCCUGAGGACGUCGACCCUCUCAACACCUACAAGUGGCACACCGGGGCCAAGGCAGCAACCCUCGAUGGGACGAGAGGAGAGGGUGGAGUCACAGCAUCAACAACAGAGAAGAUGGAGAAGACCACCACCACCACCAAAUGGAGUAAUAAGAUGCAGAGCUGGCGGAAAGCCAUGAGCGAGGAUCCCGGGGACAGGGCCUCAACCGCUGGACGAGGAGGGGAGGCCCCCAGGCUGGAGAAGAACCCUGCCUCCAGGAAGAACCCCUUCAGAAGGGCCCAGUCUGAGCCUCCAGGGUCGCUGUUCACUACACUGUCCCCCUCCUCCUCCUCUUCAGCCCAGGCAACAUCGGGACCGGCGGCCACCGCAGAGGCAUCGGAGCCGUCCCCCACGGACACGCCACAGAAAGGGGGCGGAGGGGCCCUGUUCAGGAAGUACAUUCGCACUGUCUCGCAGAAGCUCAUGAAGCCCCGGCUGCUGAGCAGAAACAGCACCCCGACCCUCCUACAAGGUGAGGGCACAGAAUGCACACUAUAAGCAGAUUGCCUUGGCAUCGGAAUGCACACCUAGCACCACACAUAUGACAGUGCCAUGCUCUUCCUACAUCACUGUAUGUCAACCAUUUUGAGUACAGUUUUAAAUUCUAGGUUUUAAUCGGUAAAGUUUAGUUAGUCUCUAGAUUUCAGUCUAGUUUUGAUUUUCAGUCAUUUUCCUUCAGUGAAAUGCUGAUAUCUGGUGUUGUAUACAUGGCAUUUAGUGUGUCUAAGAACCCACGAUGGCGUUUGACAUGGUUGGUAAGCAUUCUACCCUUUAAAGAAGCAAGUUGGCAUAAAACCAAAACCAUUAUUAUCACCCAUGCACGUCAGAGACCAUUUUGAGUGGACUUUUCAGUGGGUCUAUUUGACUAGAAUACACCUGAAGAUACAGAUAUGGAUGAAAAAAUUUACAGUAUGUGAUAUGAUUUAGGAGAAGUUGACGGUAAUACAGCCAUACUUAGACUAGAAAACAAACUGACACAGGAUGUGUGAGAGCUAUGGUUCAUCAAAGAUGGGUAGGGGGAGGACCGGGAGGGAGUGGAAGAUAGCUUCAAAACAACAACUACAAACUAGAAAUGGGAGUGGCCAUGUGCGCUGUGUCAGAUAACGACAUAAUGCCAUAAUUACUCCGAAUGAAAAACAUCCAAGGGCCAGCGUGUGCGCUCAAUUAUCCCCCAGAACAACCAUUGCUGGUUUCCUUGGACUAUACUGUAAUUAGGAAAACUCAGAGAGCUCCGUUUGUGCCAAUGUCAGACACAGAUAUAGAGUAUUGUUUAAAUAACUGUGUCCAAUCACAGAGGCACGACUAGGGUCAUCAAAAUUAGUCAAAAUUAGUGGCAUCUAUUGUAGACUAUGGCACGCAACUCUAGUUAGUUGUGUCACACAGAUAGUUCAAAUAAAAAGGCCAGGAUUUCAAGCGACUAUUGCAGUGAUUUGGUCCAUCCCAUUGUGUACUGAUCUACUGUGCUGUUGUCAUGGUGUGUGUGUGUGUGUGUAUAGAUGCGGGUGGGAGCGGGCCUGCAGCUGCGUCCCUAGAGCUAACCAGGCUGUCAUGGGCCCCUCCCCAGGACGUCCCCAUUUGGGACAUCAACAACUGUGUCCUGGAGGAUGGACAGAUCCUCAUCACCCCGGAGGAAGAGGUACAUGACACAGACACAGACCAUUCACAUCACCUACACUGAAAAUUACACAACAACACUUAGCAUUGCACUUCCAUUAAACAACAUGGAGUCAACACAACCUUGAAGCAUUGUGUUUAACAGUUAGUACUAUUACUGGGAGCACUGCACUCUCAAUGGAAACUCACACUUGACUGUAUGAAGUUGAUAGUCAUGGUUUCUCUCUAGGUUAUUAAGUUAGUGUGUAUUUCUUCUACUCCCUAACUCAGCCAGUGAUGUGGACCAGGAACCGAGUCAGCAGCUGCCUGUCAAACCUCAGCAUCCAGAACCUGGCAGAUGUCAACAUGGGUCAGUACUCCAAUACCGCCACAUGGCUUUAGACUAGAGCAGUGUUUCAUAUGAAUGGGGUUCCUGGAACUAUGAUCCAAUACCUUGCUUUCUCUAAUAGCUUUCCUAACGUCCUCAUCAGAGACACAAAGAAGAUAAAACAGUGAAUCAACAGUGAAGUCCACUUUCUCAUCAAAAUGGUUGAUCCUCAGAAAUACUGUGCAAGAGUGAGUCAGGGAUGUCUUUGCAAGGAGAACAUCCAUUCGGCAGCAUCACAACCACUAGAGAGUCUAUCAGAGUAACGGUAGGGCAGACACAGAGGAAAUAGCUGACGUGAUUAUGCAUGCGAGUGACUUUCAAAUUGUUUCCUCAAAAUUUGGGGGGUAGAUAGCAUCACAUCUGGGUGUUCCAGAAGACCAGUCAGGGCUGGUUGAGAAGAAGCAGUGUCUGUAGCUGCUCUCAUUCAUGUUCAUUUUAUUAGUAUUAGCUUGUGGGUUUAGUCCGGAUAUAGAAUUUUGGAUAUUGAUUAGUUCUGUGUGAUGGCUACACUGGCAAGGCCUAUUUGGUGAAGAGAGGAGAACCAUGAGAGGUGAAACAGUGUUCACUCUUACGUGUGAUUAGGAGAAGCGGGUUCGACAGAUCUCUCUCUCUCUCUCAAUGAUGGGAUUUAGACGCUGGAUUGCAUGUGGAGGCGCUUUGGGUAAGCAAAGGAUUAGAUUCUAAGAAUUGUGUACGUUUAUUUGUACAGUCACAAUUGCUAUUGAUUCAGACAAAUCUUUUACUUGAUUAUGUCUAUGAAAGGAGAAUAUCAAAAGGUGAAUUUUUAACGAAUGCUCUAAAGAAAAGUGAUGUACUGUAUGAUCGCUUUAGUUACUGCCAUAGGUAAAUGUAUUAUUUUAGCCAAAGAAGUGUCUCAAUGGUUGUUUUAUUCACGUGGAGUGACACCACGGCUGAUUUUCUGCUCUGCUGUGGUACUAAGGAUCUUUGUAAUCUCUAAACCAAGUUAUUCAAUGUCUAAAAUGAAGGCUGCACUUGGAAGGUUCCUGCCCUGUCUCGGCCACUAGAUAAAAGCAAUAUCCGGUGUGACUGUCAGAAUACUUUUCAAUGGCUGACUCAUUUUGACACUGAGCCUAUUCAUCCCUCAACCUUCUUACUUUAGACUUUUCUUACAUUUACAUUUUACAGACGCUCUUAUCCAGAGCGACUUACAGUUAGUGAGUGCAUACAUUAUUAUAUUUUUUCAUACUGGCCCCCCGUGGGAAUCAAACCCACAACCCUGGCGUUGCAAACACCAUGCUCUACCAACUGAGCUACAUCCCUGCCGGCCAUUCCCUCCCCUACCCUGGAUGACACUGGGCCAAUUGUGCGCCGCCCCAUGGGUCUCCUGGUCGCGGCCGGCUACGACAGAGCCUGGAUUCGAACCAGGAUCUCUAGUGGCACAGCUAGCACUGCAAUGCAGUGCCUUAGACCACUGCGCCACUCGGGGAUGGAGAGACUUCAGCUAAAGUGGUUAUCAAUAACAUUUCAAAGCCGGUGUAUUAAUGUUCAGUUAUACAGUACAUGCACUGUUCUAGAUUAGUUAGUCAAACCCAGUCUGAAUAAUCUUCAGCCUUGCAGCCUCAUCUAUUUGAGCAGUUAUUUGUUCGAUCUUCAGAGGAAAUGCAGAAAGGAGGAAAUGACUACACUUCCCCUGGUGGUUUCAGAGGACUGUGCAAUUUAGUUUGGGGAGAUUAGAUCAACCACAGGUUGUCCCUCCCCAAUGGUUUCCAAAUAAAGAGGAAAAUGUACAGACGUACAUAUGUAAGAUGUGAGUGAUAUGUAACAAGAUAUACAGUAUAUCUCCAUAUGGAGCAACAAUAACAGAGACAACCCACAAUGCCCACUUUACGCCCGAAGCGCUCUGAUAAAGGUUGCCAUUUUUUCGAGGGAGGGGAGGGAUCAUGUCAAAAGUGUGUUUACAUGCUAACUGUGUGUAUCUCCUGGACCUGCAGAAUGCAGCCCCGACCACAUGGCCCCUACUGGAGGCCCCAGACUGAAGGGCCAAGAUGGAGGAGUGAGGGUGAGUACUGCGUACUCCACAGAUAAGACACUGUUAUUACAUGAUUCAUAACAGCUCUGGAUUUCCUGAGGAUUCUGUAUGAUUCAGGGCCUGCUAAUCAGUAUUCCCCUGGGGAUGAAUUGAACUUCAUCUACCCAUCUUCUUACUCUUCUCUCUCCCUCCCCCCUCUUUAAUGGUCUUCUUCCCGCCCUCUGUCUCUAGGGGCUGAUCAAGCGGCGUUUCUAUGGUGGAGCCAUGCGAAAGAGCAAUACCCAGUUAAACACCAUUGGGUUGAACAAAGGGAGCAGGUAUGCGGUCAGUCUCAUAGUGCUCUUGGUGUGUAAGGCAGGCUGUUCGUCAUUGACUCCUCUCCUCCUUCCUGUCUGUCCAGCAGGCUCCAUGGAUCACGGGAGUCCGUGUCCAUCCCAGUCAGCGCUGCAGGAAACCUGGAUCUGAGCGCAGACACCAGUACGGUUAUCAGGCCCGUACACAGCUCCAUCCUGGGGGAGAAGUACUGCUUUGAGGUAGACCUGACCUUUGACCUGUAACUUCUACACUCAUCCCAUGUCUUAAAGUGAUUUGACUAAGUUCAUGUUAAAUACUGCCCAAUAGCAUCUCUGCCUCACUCUGUCCUGUCAUGUAUUGACUGUUGGUAUUGACUGUUGACGUCCUAGGUGAUAAACUCAGAGAACAACCACUGUUUUGGGUGCACCUCAGCUGCUGAGCGAGACCGCUGGAUAGAGGACCUGAGACGGGCUGCUCAGCCCAAUAAGGUAAAGAAACUAUUUAAAAACAUUAAUCUUCCAUACCAGUUAAAGGAGAAGUAGUUUUUUAUGUAAAUGGAAUGUUAUAGUAGGGUCCAGACACCUUUGUUAUUUCACUUGUUUUUGAGAAACUUAUCCCAAACAGCGAAUCACUUCCUCAUCCUUGUUGUAUAGUAUUGAGCCCCCGAAAAAACCUGAACAAAGGCUCCAAAAACACCCAAAUAAGUCCUUUUAGAAACAGUAAAGCUCUCAAUAUAGUGAUGCAGGUCUUUGGAUGUUGUACGCAUGAAAUUGUGUCACUCCACACUUUAUCCGCAACAUUAUAUUCCCUUUUGUGCGAUUCAAGCGGUUUCCCCUAUCCAGCUGUUCCAUUCUUCCAUGUAGUCCUGCUGCUAUAGGUAACUGCCAACAUAAAGUGUCUUAAUAAGGCGUUAGGCCACCAGGAGCCGCCAGAACAGCUUCAGUGCGCCUUGGCAUAGAUUCUACAAGUGUCUGGAACUUCCUGAGUGGAAGCACCCCAUGCUUUCAAUAUACAGUACUAUCUAUCCCUCAUAAGUGUUUCCUUUAUUUUGGCAGUUACUUAUAGAAUGGAGCGGUACCACUGGAGUCGCAACAAAAUGGAAUAUUACAUCAAAAAUAUAUUUUUUGGUACAAAAGAAAACUUCUCCUUUAAUGUAUGCCACAUUGCCAUGAUGUUCUAGGACUCCAUAUUGUAUACUCACUGAUUGAUGUUCUAACAUGUUCUGUCUCCGUUAGGACAACUGUGAGCGGACAGAGAACUCCCUCAGUCUGUGGGUGAACGAGGCCAAGGACCUGCUCCCCAAGAGGCGAUACUACUGCGAGCUGCACCUGGACGGCACCUUGUUCGCCCGCACCACCAGCCGAGCCGUGGGCAAGUCUUCCCAUCACUCCAGCUUGGCUGGUGAUGGGUCCUCUGGUGCCUCGGGUGGGGUGCUUGGGGGCAGCGGCGGGGUGGUCGGAGGCUGCCAGCUGUUCUGGGGAGAGUUUUUUGAGCUGGACAACUUGCCGUCGGUCUCCCAGAUCACCCUGCACCUCUUCCGCGACGAGGAGCCCAAGAAGAAGCGUCACUCCCGGGAUGAGUCCACCCUGCAUCCCCUUGGCAGUGUGGCCAUAUCCCUGGCCGACAUCCGGGGAAGGGCCUUCCAGGAGAAGUGGCACCCGAUCAUUCCCUACAAGGCAUCUAGUGCCGGUGGGACGAAGGAGCAACUGGGGCCCCAAGCGUCGCUCCGUGUCAAGGCCCGCUUUCAGAACCUGCAGGUGCUGCCCAUCGAGAGGUAUAAGGAGUUUGCAGAGUUUGUGACAGUGGACUAUGUGGCAUGUGCAGGAACCUGCAGCAACUGCUGUCUGUCAGGGAGAAGGAGGAACUAGCGGGGGCACUGGUCCACGUCUUGCAAAGCAUUGGCAAGGCCAAGGUAAGUAAAGCAAAGGGGUGACCGCUGCUUCAUGAUAAGCAUUUAAAGUAGACCUUUACAAUAGUCAGCUAGUCAUAACUUGCUAGAAGCGCUUAUUCUGUGUGUUUAUGUUCCAGGAGUUCCUUAUCGAGUUGGGUAGUGCAGAGGUGGAACGCCUUGGGGAGAAAGAGGCACUGAUCUUCAGGGAGAACACUCUGGCCACCAAGGCCAUUGAUGAGUACAUGAAGCUGGUGGGGCAGAAGUACCUCAUCGACACCCUGGGUAAGGAAUAUCUGUGGAUGAGAUCAGCUUUUAGGCUUUUGGAAAUACAAUUUUUCCCAUCCUGGGUAACAGUGGAUCUGUUUUAACUCUUUCUUGGACCUUCUUCUUAGAAACUGUUGUCAUGGAAAACUGUGCCAUCUCUCUUCUUACAGGGGACUUCAUCACUCGACUGUAUGCCUCAGUAGAGAGCUGUGAAGUGGACCCUCGCAAAUGCCCCGCCUCUGAGCUGUCAAACAACCAGCGGCACCUGAGGGAGAGCUGUGAGGAGGCAGUGCAAAAAAUCACUGAGAUGCACGGGUGAGUGACAGAGACCUGAUGGGAAACAAUAUGCAAAGUUAUACAACGGGUGGGUCUAAUCCUGAAUGCUGAUUGGUUAAAACCGCAUUCCAGCCGGUGUCUAUUCCACAAGUUAUUUUUAAUUUGUAGACUUAGUUUACAAACAUUCUGCAAACAUUCUGCUUUGGACUGAUCUUCGGUUUUGGACUGAUCUUGUUGAUCGUGUACAUACCCGCUACGAACGGACUAAAUAAUGAAAACGCUGCUGGCAGCGGAAUCCCAAUACAGCUGGGAGACUUGGCUGGAUGACAGAGUCCCGGACAGAGAGGUGGAGCCGGCCGGCUUCACCCUGGUCAGAGCGGACCGCGAUCCUGGUAAGAGAGCGACUCUGUACCCCGACAUUGAACUGCUUUCUGUGUCAUUGAACCUUACUAUUGUUGAUAAAACAAGUUUACUGGAGAACGGAGACCAAGUAGAGACUUUUGGACAAGGUGGAUAAUUGUAUAAUAUAAGGCAGUUUAUUCAGAGGUAAAGAUAUCUGGAAUCGCGUGCACGGACCCGUUCGUCAAACUCGUAGGGAGUUUAUCAGAAGAGCCCCUAAACAUUGUGUGCUGACAUUUUAUACAAUAAAAUGAAGUGAUUGUGUUAGCUGUGGUGUUGGCUAGCUCCUCUGAACAAGUGUCCUGACGAGUGAGCACAUUUUCUAUGCCAGGCGAAAUCGCGCCUCAUUAGCUCAUUGUUAUGGAUGUCUAGAAAUAAAUGUCACUAGAAAACAGCUUAAACAAACGCAAAUGAAGCUACUUUGCUGUUAUUCUGGCUGCACUUUUUGACGUGACUGUAAAUUAGCCGUAGUUGGCUAGCUAGCAAGCAAGGGAUAAGAACGUUGCCAGCCAGUAUGGCAAUGGAACAUUUAGAAUGAACGACUGGGUCGCGUCUAUAGAUACAGAACAAAAAGACUGAACGACUGGGUCGCGUCCAUAGAUACAGAACAAAAAGACUGGUCGACUGGGUCGCGAACCAAUAGAACGAAGGACCAGCCGGCUUGGGUAGCAACACUAGAUUUGUGUCGGGACUAUAUCUUGUGGAAGGAUGAAAUAGUAUGAAUAAAUUAAUAAAAAUAACGUUUUUAAUGAAAAUAUGUAAAUCAUUAUUUAAAUAUGUUGGUAACCCGUUGUAUAAAAGUGAUAAUGCCCUCCAAGCCGGUGUUUGGAGGAUAUAUUGGCACGGUUUCCUGGACCUCGACUUCGUCUCGGGUCUAACAACACCCUGCCAAUAUAUCCUCCAAACACCAGCCUCUCGGGCAUUAUCACUUAAAUAGAAAAUGGGGAGAGCAGUCUUAGCCAGAAGAAUGCUAUCAAAUGAACGCUGAUUCAUAUUCACUCACAGGAAAUCCAAGGCUGUAAUUGACUGCUCUUUCCACCAUUUACCUCACAGAUCUUUCCCUGAAGAGCUGAACAGGGUCUUCUCCAGCUGGGUGACGCUGUGCAAGGAGCAGGGACGACCUGAAAUCGGCCAGCGCCUCAUCUCUGCCUCGCUAUUCCUCCGUUUUCUGUGUCCCGCCAUCCUCAGCCCCUCCCUGUUUGGUCUGACACAGCCCUAUCCAGAGCCGGCCAUCCUGCGCACCCUCACUUUCACCGCCAAGGUCAUCCAGAACCUGGCCAACUUCACCCUGUGAGUGUGUUGGCUUCACCUCUGUCUGCACCCCAUCAUACUUCAUCCAUGUAUCCAUGGAUACCAACCUUAGAGAUGAGCUACUAGAUACAAUAUGAUGCAGCAGCAUCAUGCAUGAUGUAAUAUACCUCCAAAACAUCUGACAGAAUGAUGGAAAUGAUAGACUUGACACUCAUUCAAUUCUUCAAACUAUAUGGUCCAAGUCAAGAAUAAACAUCUUCUCUCCAAUAUUCCCAAACCAGACGUUCCCUCCUCCAACACUAAUCCAUACCCCAUUCUCUUCCACUAACAGGUUUGGGGAGAAGGAGGAGUACAUGCUGUUCAUGAAUGACUUCCUGCAGCAGCACUGGGAGAGGAUGAGGGGCUUCCUUCAGACAGUGUCCAGCCCAGACAUAGAGAUCCCAAUGACAUCCUUCGAUGGCUAUGUGGACUUGCCUCUGCGUCUGGCUGUCCUACACAGCCUGCUGGUCGACAUCAUUUCCCCAAUGAAGCAGGUAGGCAUAAGUCAACUGCAUCAAAGGCAGUGUAGUGCGGCAAGGAUUAUGCUAUGACAUUCCUGUAUUCCUAUAUUCCUGCUACCAGUCACUUUUCAGCCCUGUUUACAUGUAUAUCUAUAUCUAGCACGCCUACACUGAUACUCUUGCACACACACACACACACACCACCACGCACACAUACACACACACACACAGCACACCACCACACACCACACACACCACUUAUGCUGCUGCCAUACUGUCUACUAUUAUUAUUUAUCCUGCCAACAGUCACUUUCUCAAUCCCUGCCUCAUGUACAUAUCUACCUCAAAUACUCCAGUAUCCCUGCACAUUGUAAAUUUGGUACUGGCAUCCAGAGACAUAGACUGUUCUCUAUAGCUUCCUCUCUUAUUUCGAAUUUCUCGUGUUUUUAUUAUUUGUAUUAGUUAUACUAUAAUUUCUACCAGCAUGUCACAUGUGCCACCAGAGAAAAAAUAAUAAAAUACUCUAGACCACCUUUACUCCACACACAGAGACGCGUACAAAGCUCUCCCUCGCCCUCCAUUGGCAAAUCUGACCAUAAUUCUAUCCUCCUGAUUCCUGCUUACAAGCAAAAACUCAAGCAGGAAGUAACCAGUGACUCUCUCAAUACAGAAGUGGUCAGAUGACGCGGACGCUAAGCUACAGGACAGUUUUGCUAGCACAGAUUGGAACAUGUUCCGGGAUUCAUCCGAUGGCAUUGAGGAGUAUACCACAUCAUCACUGGCUGAUGCUUAUCGGAUGUGGCAGGGCUUGCAAACUAUUACGGAUUACAAAGGGAAUACCCCCACGAGCUGCCAAGUGACGCAAGCCUACCAGACGUUAAAUUCCUUAUAUGCUCGCUUCAAGGCUAGCAACACUGACCAUGUUCCAUACGACUGUGUGAUCACUCUCUCCGUAGCCGAUGUCAAUAAGACCUUUAAACAGGUCAACAUUCACAAGGCUGCAGGGCCAGACAGAUUACCAGGAUGUGUUUUCAGAGCAUGCGCUGACCAACUGGCAAGUGUUUUCACUGACAUUUUCAACCUCUCCCUGACUGAGUCUGUAAUAUCUACAUGUUUCAAGCAGACCACCAUAGUCCCUGUGCUCAAGAACGCCAAGGUAACCUGCCUAAAUGACUACCGCCCCGUAGCACUCACGUCUGUAUCCAUGAAGUGCUUUGAAAGGCUGGUCAUGGCUCACAUCAACACCAUCAUCCCAGAAACCCAAACCCACUAUAAUUCGCAAUACCGCCCCAACAGAUCCACAGAUGACGCAAUCUCUAUUGUACUCCACACUGCCCUUUCCCACCUGGACAAAAGGAACACCUACGUAAGAAUGGUGUUUGUUGACUACAGCUCAGCGUUCAACAUCAUAGUGUCCCUCAAAGCUCAUGAUUAAGCUAAGGACCCUGGGACUAAAUACCUCCCUCUGGAACUGUAUCCUUGACUUCCUGACAGGCCGUCCCCAGGUGGUAAGGGUAGGCAACAACACAUUUGCCACGCUGAUCCUCAACACGGGGGCCCCUCAGGAGUGGGUGCUUAGUCCCCUCCUGUACUCCCUGUUCACCCACAACUGCAUGGCACACAUGACUCCAACACCAUCAUUAAGUUUGCCGACGACACAACGGUGGUAGGCCUGAUCACCGAAAACGAUGAGACAGCCUAUAGGGAGGAUGUUAGAGACCUGGCAGUGUGGUGCCAGGACAGCAACCUCUCCCUCAAUGUGAUCAAGACAAAGGAGCUGAUCGUGGACUACAGGAAAAGGAGCGCCAAGAAUGCCCCCAUUCACAUCGACAGGGCUGUAGUGGAGUGGUUCCUUGGUGUCUACAUCACUAACAAUCUAUCAUGGUCCAAACACACCAAGACAGUCGUGAAGAGGGCAACGCCUAUUCCUCCUCAGGAGACUGAAAAAAUUUGGCAUGGGUCCUCAGAUCCUCAAAAAGUUCUACAGCUUCACCAUCGAGAACAUCCUGACUGGUUGCAUCACCGCUUGGUAUGGCAACUGCUCGGCGUAGAGCGUACAGCCCAGUGCAUCACUGGGGCCAAGGUUCCUGCCAUUCAGGACCUCUAUACCAGGUGGUGUCAGAGGAAGGCCCUAAAAAUUGUAAAAGACUCCAUCCACCCAAGUCAUAGACUGUUCUCUCUGCUACCGCAAGGUCCAAAAGGCUCCCUAACAGCUUCUACCCCCAAGCCAUAAGACUGCUAUACAGUUAAUCAAAUGGCUACUCUAUUUGCAUUGAACCCCUUUUUUACGCUGCUGCUACUCGCUGUUUAUCAUCUAUGCAUAGUCACUUUACCCCUACCUACAUGUACAUUACCUCAAUUAACCUGUACCCCCGCACAUUGACUCGACACCGGUACCUCCUGGCUAUAGCCUCGUUAGUGUUAUUUUAUUGUGUUACCUUUAGUUGUAAUUAUUUUUUUAGCAAAUAUUUCCUUACUUACUUUUGAAAAAACUCUGCAUUGUUGAUUAAGGGCUUGUAAGUAAGCUUUUCACGGUAGAGUCUACACCUGUUGUAUUCGGCGCAUGUGACAAAUAAAAUGUGAUUUGAUUUGAUAUUGAAUACUGCGCUGUUGGGUAGGGCUUGCAAAUUAAGCAUUUCACUGUAUUUGUGCAUGUGACAAAUAAAACUUUAAACGAAACUGAAACCUCCCACGGUAAGGUUAUGUGGUAGCUAACAUGCUGUUCAUAUCUCUUCCUCAGGACACCAUAGACAAACUGCACCCUCUGCCUUCAAUCCUGAACCAGAUUACUGAAUCUCUGGGCCCAGAUGCUCCACGGAUUACUGUUAGCAGGUGAGCUUGGCGAGUGCUCUUCUGUAUGUGCAUCCCAUGUGUAUUGCACAUAAACAUUUUUGUAGACCUACUUGUGUGCAUACACAGCUUCACAAUCUUCUUUACAUCUCGCUUUAUUGUCCUGAUUUUUUUUUUCUCACAACAGCAACAUUGGUCAAUCCAAGCCGACCUACGUGCCCCCUAAAGACCUGGGCAAGUACAGCCCUCUGCACAACUCCCAGCUGCAUAUGGAUGUGAAGGGCGGCCAGCGGAAAGAAAGCUUUCAGGGGAUUGAUCGAGACAGGAGGAGUGCCAGAGCGAGGAAGCCAGUAUCCAGGACCCAGAGUGCACCGCACAGACGGCCGGCGGUCCCUAAACAGCUACUGAGGAGACAGGGUAGCACUGAGAAUCUGCCGCUGGAGGACCAAGAUGCAGAGCAGGAAGCCAACCCUCCACUUGAUAUUUCAUCACCACAGAACGUGAGUUUGGAAAUCUUGGUCAUGUGGUUUCAAUUGUCAACAUUCUAUUUUAUGUUGAUAUUAUCCUUAUGAAGUAUAUGGUUCAUAGUCAUAACCAAGCAUUGUCAUGUGGUUGUUCUGUCGAGAGUCGAUGGGUGGGAGGAGUGAUUGAAUCUCAUGAAAGCAUCCCCUCUUCUUGUGUCAGAGUGUUGGUGUAAAGUCUCCUCCUGCUCCAGUGCCUUGGAUCAAAGUGUCCCACAGCAAGGAGCCGUACGAGAGGAAGAUAGAGAAUGAAGAGAUCAACCUACUGGACAGGGUGGGUUCAUCUUCAUAUUAUUUAUCAUCCAGUAAUGCUGCUCCUUCCUCUUUCACAUUGAUUACUUCAGCUCAUCAAAUAAAUACUGCAAUGAUUAAGUUUCUUGAUCCCCAUGAUGUUGAUUUGUGAUUUCUAAUUUCUGAUUUACCCAGCAUGCACAGGAGCUGUCGGAGCUCCGCCUGGGGGUGGAUCAGGUGACAGAGCGUGAGUUGGAGAUGGCCAAGCGGCUGGAGGACUUCAUUGUCCAAAGCCAGAAUCAGAAUGCAGUCCUGCUGGCUGAGGUUAAUAAACUGCGGAAUCUUCUGGCUGUCCGUGAGGAACAGCUCGCCAGCGCCACUUUCAGGUGAGACAGUGGAGUAAGAGGGACAUCAAAUAAAAUUCACAACCUUUCAGAUGAAUGAGAGUUUAUUUGGUUUGAAUAUGAACUGAAAUGUAAUUGUUAAUCGGUGUCAUAGGCUGGGGGUUAUCGAGGAGGAGAGGGAGGAGGACGAGAGGAAGCUGAACGUUGCCGUGGCAGCAGCUGAGCGAAUGAACGUACUGGUAAGACUGGCGAUAUCUACCACAAUCAUUAAGAUAAGUAAUUAAGUCAUGACUAGCGUUAAGGUUACAUAUGAAUUUUCCUUGACUUGAAAAACGAAACAAAAUGGAGCCGUUUGUUGCUGUGUGUUCUCAGGAGGAGCAGUUUGCAGACCUGAUGAAGGACAGGCACCAGCUCAGUGGAGAAUACACCGGUGACCAGAACAACACACAGUACCCUGGGAUCGGGGCUAAUCAUGUCAACAGCAACUGAAGUCAGACUGGUAGCACAGAGUUGUAAUCUAGACAUAUGUGUAGUUUAGUCCCCAUAGCUUUCAUGUUCUUCCAAAUACAACCCCCCAGAAUAAUGUUGUUUUGCCUGAUGGGUGGGUCACUUUCAGAAAUACAGGUAUAAUGCUUUUCUCAUGAUAAAACUGAGCAAAUGUAUUCAUGAAUCUUAACCUCAGUGUCCAAUGGCAAAAACAGAAAUGAACUAAAAAGUCACAGGUAUGCUAAACUAUCGCUAAGGUUGCACUUAUUGUGUACACUGGACUUGAAAUGAAAUAUUUGUGGAAGUGCAUUUUGUUGAUUUGACAGAAAUAGACUGAUCUAAUUUGAGUGUAGAAACCUAAAUAUUAAUAAAAAGAACAAUUUCGCUCGCUGCAUGUUUAACCAAAUGAAUUGUAAGGAGACCACACCUUGAUAUGUAAUUAAAUACAUCUUUGCCCUCUUUUGAUACACCACUUCUUAGAAUGUUGUCCAUUUUCCAUCUCCAUUUUGAAUGCAGAUUUACAAUUUCUGUGAACUUAAUUAAAUAAAUAAAACUCAAACAAACAAUGUACC